AUGCCUGGCUUCGCACAGGCCACAGACCUCAGCGCAUGGCAAGCUCUCGUCGAGCACCACAACGCCGUGGGCCGGAACAUUGUUCUCAAGGAGUGCUUCGACAAGGACCCUCAACGAUUUGAGAAGUUCAAGCGAGUGUUCAAGAACAAUGCCGACGACACCGAGAUCCUGUUCGACUUCUCCAAGAAUUUCUUGACCGAGGAAACCCUCGAACUCCUAGUCAAGCUUGCAAAGGAAGCCAAAUUAGAGGAGCUUCGGGAUGAGAUGUUCGCAGGAGAGAAGAUCAACUUUACCGAGAAGAGAGCUGUCUACCAUGUUGCUCUUCGCAAUGUCUCCAACCAACCCAUGGCAGUUGACGGCAAGAGCGUUGUCGAGGAGACAAAUGAAGUGUUGGAGCACAUGAAGGAGUUUUCGGAGCAGAUCCGAGGUGGUUCUUGGAAAGGUUAUACCGGCAAGAAGCUCACCACCAUUGUCAACAUCGGAAUCGGCGGCUCUGAUCUCGGCCCAGUCAUGGUCUCCGAGGCCCUGAAACCCUAUGGCAACCGAGACAUGAAACUUCACUUCGUCUCCAACAUCGAUGGUACUCACAUCGCCGAAGCCCUCAAAGACUCCGAUCCCGAGACGACCCUCUUCCUGAUUGCUUCCAAGACCUUCACCACGGCGGAGACAGUAACCAAUGCCAACACGGCCAAGAAGUGGUUUUUGCAAAGCGCCAAGGAGUCUGACAUUGCGAAGCAUUUCGUGGCCCUCUCGACCAAUGCUUCCGAGGUCAGCAAGUUUGGUAUCGACACCAAGAACAUGUUUGGCUUCUCAGACUGGGUGGGUGGAAGAUACUCCGUCUGGUCUGCCAUUGGCCUGUCUGUCUGCCUGUACAUCGGCUACGACAACUUCCAUCAAUUCCUGGCUGGCGGUCAUGCCAUGGACCAACAUUUCAAGACUGCUCCUCUUCACGAGAAUAUUCCUGUUAUUGCCGGUCUGCUUAGUGUGUGGUACUCGGACUUCUUCGGCGCGCAGACUCACUUGGUUUCGCCUUUCGAUCAGUACCUGCACCGCUUCCCAGCCUAUCUCCAGCAGUUGACCAUGGAGUCGAACGGCAAAGCUGUCACGCGAACGGGCGAUUAUGUCAAGUACACGACGGGAGCCAUCUUCUUCGGUGAACCCGCCACCAAUGCACAACACUCAUUUUUCCAACUUGUACACCAAGGCACGAAGCUGAUUCCCACCGACUUCAUCAUGGCUGCCAAGUCACACAACCCCGUGGAAGGAGGUCUCCACCAGAGAAUGUUGGCGUCCAACUUCCUUGCGCAAGCGGAGGCAUUGGCAAUUGGCAAGACGCCAGAUCAAGUGAAGGCUGAGGGUGCCCCAGAAGAGCUUGUCUCACACAAGACCUUCCUUGGCAACCGACCAACCACAAACAUCCUCGCUGAACAGAUCACGCCGGGUACACUAGGUGCCUUGAUCGCUUACUACGAGCAUAUGGUAUUUACCGAGGGCGCCAUCUGGAAUAUCAACAGCUUUGACCAAUGGGGUGUCGAAUUGGGCAAGGUACUGGCAAAGAAGAUCCAGAAGGAGCUUGAGACGGAGGGCGCUGGGGGUGACCACGAUUCGUCGACCGCCGGUUUGAUUGCUGCUUUCAAGGCGAAGAAUGGUCUGAAAUGA